AUGUUGAAAUUAACAAGGGGGGGUGAUGCAUUUGUUGUUGGAGGGUUUAGAGCGUGGAAUAAAUCUGAGAGGCUUGAGAAGCAUGUUGGAGGAAUUAAAAGUGCUCAUAAUAUUGCUUAUGAGAAAUAUGUGAAUCUAAGAGAUGCAAAGAAGACAUCAAUUGAAUUUGUAUUUGAUAAUGCGAGUGAGGUUCAAAUGAAUGAAUAUCAUAUUCGUUUGAAUGCAUCCUUAACUUGUUUGAGAUUUCUUUUGGGCCAAGGUUUGGCAUUCCGGGGACAUGAUGAAAGUGAGGAGUCAUAUAGCAGAGGUAACUUUCUUGAGCUUUUGAAGUGGUUGGGGGGGAAGGUUGAGGAAAUAAGAAAAUAUACUUUCCAAAAUGCUAAUUGUACUUGGCUUUUUGAUGUACUUGCAAACUUGUUAAAUGUGGUUGGAGCUUCUUGUAAGAGAAGAGACCUUAUUCGAAAAAACCAAGCUCAAGUAGUGGCUCAAGCUUUGGAAGUGGGGGAAAUUGAAAGUGGAUCGGGUUUGAAUCAAGAACGUGGUUUGAGUAGGCCGGGAGAUACACGUUGGGGAUCUCAUUACAAGUGUCUAAUAAGUAUCAUCAACUUGUUUCCUUCAAUUGUUAAAGUGCUUGAGGAGAUUGGAGAAAAUGGCUCUCCGGAUGAUAAGCUCAAAGCUCAAGUUGUUUUAGGAUCUUUGGAGUCCUUUGAUUUUAUUUUUAUGGCUCAUUUCAUGUUGACUAUUUUUGGCUACACUAAUGAUUUAUGUGUUGCUUUACAAAGAAAGGAACAAGAUAUUGUUAAUGCCAUUAGCCUUGUUCAAAGUACAACGAAUGUGUUGCAAAAGAUGAGGGAUCAAGGAUGGGAUAGUCUCUUAGACAAAGUUAUUUUAUUUUGUACUAAACACGAGAUUGAUGUUCCAUCUAUGGAUGCUCAUUAUGUACCUCAAGGAAGAUCAAGACGUUUUGCUAAACAAGCAACAAAUCUACAUCAUUUUGGGGUUGCAAUCUUUUUGGAAGUAAUUGAUUUGCAUCUUCAAGAGAUUGAUAACCGUUUUAAUGAGAAGAACAUGGAGUUACUUACAUGCAUGGCUUCCCUGAGUCCUAGAGGUAACUUUUCAUCUUUUGAUAAAGAGAGGAUACUUAAACUUGCUUCUUUAUAUCCCGUAGAGUUUUCAUGUUAUGAUUUAACAGCUCUUGAUCUUCAACUUGAUGUCUUCUUGGAUUCUAUGCAAAAUGAUGAAAGAUUUCAUGAUUUGCAAGAUAUCAAUUCUCUUUCCAUGAUGCUUGUUAAAACAAGGAGACAUGAGACUUUUCCUCUUAUACAUUUGCUAAUCAACUUGAUGUUGAUUCUUCCUGUUGCUACGGCAAGUGUAGAAAGAGUGUUUUCCGCAAUGACGUUUGUCAAAAAUAAGUUGAGAAAUAGCAUGGGUGAUCAACUAGUGAAUGAUUGUUUGGUUACUUACAUUGAGAAGGAAGUGUUUCUACAAGUUUCCGAUGAAAAGAUUAUUGAUCGCUUUAGAAUUAUGAAAACUCGAAGGAUGAAUUUGUAA